AAAAGCAUGCUCCAGAGGGUGAUGCUCCUGAGAAGCAUGCUCCUCAGAGUGAUGCUCUAGAGAGUGAUACUCCAGAAAAGCAUGCUCCAGAGACUGAUGCUCCUGCUUCUCAGAGUGAUGCGCCUAUGAAGGUUACUCCUAAGGGUUAUGCUCCUCAGAGUGAUGCUUCUGAGAAGCAUGCUCCUCAGAGUGAUGCUCCUAUGAAGAUUGUUCCUGAGGGUUAUGCUCCUAUGAAGGUUGCUCCUGAGGGUUAUGCUCCUGAGAGUGAUGCUCCUGAGAAGCAUGCUCCUCAGAGUGAUGCUACUAUGAAGAUUGCUCCUGAGGGUUAUGCUCCUGAGAAAGAUGCUCCUAUAAAGGUUGUUCCUGAGGGUUAUGCUCCUGAGAAAGAUGCUCCUAUGAAGGUUGCUCCUGAGGGUUAUGCUCCUGAGAGUGAUGCUCCUGAGAAGCAUGCUCCUCAGAGUGAUGCUACUAUGAAGAUUGCUCCUGAGGGUUAUGCUCCUGAGAAUGAUGCUCCUAUAAAGGUUGUUCCUGAGGGUUAUGCUCCUGAGAAAGAUGCUCCUAUGAAGGUUGCUCCUGAGGGUUAUGCUCCUGAGAGUGAUGCUCCUGAGAAACAUGCUCCUCAGAGUGAUGCUACUGAGAAUGAUACUACAGAGAAGCAUGCUCCAGAGAGUAAAGCUCCUCAGAGUGAUGCUCCUGAGAAGCAUCCUUCUGAGAUUCAUGCUCCUGAAAAGCAUACUCCAGAUAGUGAUUCUCCUGAGAGUCAUGCUCCUGAGAAGCAUGCUCCUAAGAAGCAUGCACCUGAGAAGCAUGCUCCAGAGAGUGAUGCUGCUGAGAAGCAUCCUUCUGAGAGUGAUGCUCUUAAGAAGCAUGCUCCAGAGAGUGAUGCUGCUGAGAAGCAUCCUUCUGAGAGUGAUGCUCUUAAGAAGCAUGCUCCAGAUAGUGAUGCUGCUGAGAAGCAUCCUCCUGAGAGUGAUGCUCCUGAGAAUCAUGCUCCAGUGAGUGAUGCUCCAAAGAGUCAUGCUCCUGAGAAGCAUGCUCCAGAGAGUGAUGUUCCUGAGAAGCAUGCUCCAGAGAGUGAAGCUCCUGAGAACCAUGCUCCAGAGAAUGAUUCUCCUGAGAGUGAUGCUCCUGAGAAGCAUGCUCCUCAGAGUGAUGCUCCAGAGAGUGAUACUCCAGAAAACUAUGCUCCAGAGACUGAUGCUCCUGCUCCUCAGAGUGAUGUGCCUAUGAAGGUUACUCCUGAGGGUUAUACUCCUAAGAAUGAUGCUCCUGAGAAGCAUGCUCCUGAGAGUUAUGCUCCUGAGAAGCAUGCUCCUAAGAGUGAUGCUACUAUGAAGGUUGCUCCUGAGGGUUAUGCUCCUGAGAAGCAUGCUUCUGAGAGUGAUGCUCCUGAGAAGCAUGCUCCUCAGAAUGAUACUACUGAGAGUGAUACUCCAGAAAAGCAUACUCCAGAGAGUAAUACUCCUGAGAGUGAUGCUCCUGAGAAACAUCCUUCUGAGAAUCAUGCUCCUGAAAAGCAUGUUCCUGAUAGUGAUGCUCCUGAGAGUCAUGCUCCAGAGAGUGAUGUUCCUAAGAAGCAUGCACCUGAGAAGCAUGCUCCAGAGAGUGAUGCUGCUGAGAAGCAUCCUCCUGAGAGUGAUACUCCUGAGAGUGAUGCUCCAGAGAAUGAUGCUCCUAAGAAGCAUGCUCCAGAGAGUGAUGCUCCUGAGAAGCAUGCUCCAGAGAAUGAUGCUCCUGAGAAGCAUGCUCCUGAGAGUGAUGGUCCUGAGAAGCAUGCUCCAGAGAAUGAUUCUCCUGAGAGUGAUGCUUCUGAGAAGCAUGCUCCAAAGAGUGAUGCCCCUGAGAAGCAUGCUAAUGGGAGUGAUACUCCUGAGAAGCAUGCUCCUAUGAAGUUUGCUCCUGAGGGUUAUGGUCCUGAAAAGCAUGCUCCUGUGAAUGAUGCUCCUGUGAAGAAUGAUCUUGACAGUGAUGCUCCUGAGAAAAAUUAUCCUGAGAGUGAUGCUCCCACGAAGGUUGCUCCUAAGGGUUAUGCUCCUGAGAGUGAUGCUCCUGAGAAUCAUGCUCCUGAGAAGCAUGCUCAAGAGAGUGAUACUCCUGAAAAGCAUGCUCCAGAGAGUGAUGUUCCUGGUAGUGAUGCUCCUGAGAGUGAUGCUCCUGAGAAACCUGCUCCUAUUAAGGUUGUUCCUGAGGGUUAUGCUCCUGAAAAGCAUCCUCCUGAGAAUGAUGUUCCUGAGAGUGACGCUCCUAUGAAGGUUCAUCCUCCUGAGAGUGAUGUUCCUGAGAGUGAUGCUCUUGGGAGUGAUGCUCCUGAGAAGCAUCAUCCUGAGAAUGCUCCUGAGAGUGAUGCUCCUGAGAAUCAUACUCUAGAGAGUGAUGCUCCUGAGAAGCAUGCCCCUGAGAGUGAUGCUCCUGAGAAGCAUCCUCCUGAGAAUGAUGCUCCUGAGAAAAAUGCUCCUAUGAAUGUUGCUCCUGAAGGUUAUGUUCCUGAGAGUGAUGCUCCUGAGAGUGAUGAUCUUGAGAAGCAUGCCCCUGAGAGUGAUGCCCCUGAGGAGCAUCCUCCUGAGAAUGAUGCUCCUGGGAAAAAUGCUCCUGAGAGUGAUGCUCCUAUGAAGGUUGAUCCUGAGGGUUAUGCUCCUGAGAGUGAUGCUCCUGAGAAUCAUGCUCCUGGGAGUGAUGCUCCUGAGAAUCAUGCUCCUGGAAGUGAUGCUCCUGGGAGUGAUGCUCCUGAGAAGCAUGCUCCUGGGAGUGAUGCUCCUGAGAAGCAUGCUCUUGAGAGUGAUGCUCCUGAGAGUGAUGCUCUUACGAAGGACGCUCUUGAGAAGGCUUCUUCUAAGAAGAAUGCAUCUAAACAGAAUGUUGCUCCUGGGAAUGAUGCUACUAAUUAUGAUCCAAAGGAUCAUAUUGAAAAGGAUGGUCCUGAGAAAAAAAAUGCUCCACAGGAUGCUCCUGAAGAUGCUCCGGCGAGGGAUGUUCCUGAAGAUUAUCCAAAGAAUGCUUCAGAGAAUCAUGCUCCUGAGUAUGUUCCAAAGAAGGAUGCUGGAGAGAAGGAUGGUCCAGGGAUGACGUCAGAGGACCAUGUUGCCAAGAAGCCCACCCAGUUGAUAUUCCCAUGAGGGCUAUGGAACACUCGUGCCAUGAUGCACAAGGAUGAUUAUAAAGAUCAUUCUUAUUUGUUACGUACUCUCUCUGAGACUUAGUUUAGUGACCGAUUUCCUCAAAACAUACACACACACACAAAAAGAAAGAAAAAAAUGUUUCAUAACACUAAGUGGAACAGAAACAAAAACCGACUGAAAAAAAGUAGAAAAAAGUAAAGUUUUGAGCUUGAGUCGUGUUGCAAGUGUAAACAUUCUCUUUUGCUGGAGUAGGAAAAAAUACACACACACACACACACACACACACACACACACACACACACACACACACACACACACACAUAUAUAUAUAUAUAUAUAUAUAUAUAUAUAUAUAUAUAUAUAUAUAUAUAUAUAUAUAUAUAUAUAUAUAUAUAUAUAUAUAUAUAUAUAUAUAUUGGAAAGUUUUAUAACAGUCACUUGAGUAAACUACUGAAAAAUAUUGUGACCAUUUGGGGCGAACGUGCGUGUACGUAGAUCUACAUAUAUGCUACAGCUUUAAAAAUCGAGGUUAAAGUUUACAUGAAUGCUUGAGUAACAUUACUUCACUUUUGCUUACCAUCGUCGACUUAUCUAUAUGUUAUGGAUUAAAGAUUAACAAUCUACAUCCUAUGAACUGUAUUCCUAGUUUAGACUUUUUUCUUUCUUUUCUCAUACUCUCAACUUCGAUUUGUUCCUAUUCAUUCUAUCGACAUUUUUUUACCAGUCUUGUAUGUUGAUGUGCCGUGGCCCAUGACUCCAUUCUUGUGAAGGUAUUAAUGAAUAAAUCCUCCUAUUCUAUUUAUACACUAUACUGGCCAUUCACGAGCUAUUUCAUAUUACUCAAAUUAAAUUUCUGAUAAAUUUUACAUAUGUCUCUAGUUUUGUGGGCGGUAAAGAUGGAUACACAUCAAAGAAACAUUAAAAGAGAGUCUUUGUGAUCCGACCUCUCCUGUCUGAAAGACAACUACAUAGGCUCUCCAUAUGUUUUAAGAGCUUACAGAUGGCUAUUGAACAGAAUGUAACAAGACAUCAUCUCACCUCUGGCAGGGAAGGUGUCACUGAGAUGUAAGGGUAUAAAGUGUUUCCUCUCCAUACUAGCGUGCUCCAGUGACUUCCUCUCCGCCUACUCGACAUGAAGGCUAUGCUAAUUCUCGUCCUGGCCACCACCACAACCGUCCUCUGCCAGGCCAACAUGUGGUCAAACAUGGUUCAACCUUACCCACCGAUGAAUAACUACGUUACUCCAUUUUCAUCCUCUUUCGGAACAUCGUAUAGCAGACCUUACGGAAAUGCAUACUACAUCUUCGUCUUCUACCCAUACGUCUACAAAGGCACCAAGACAUUCAAUACAGCCAAGACUUCUACUUAACAACUAACAACACCCACCAUGCUCGCCUCUCCGUGUUGGAUGGUAAUGACGUCUGAAACUUAAUAAGACUAAUAAUUGUAGACCAUCGGUAAUAAAAUUCAUCUAAGUAAUGUAA